CACAUUUUUAUUUAAAGCAUUGUUAUUAAAUUUGGCCUGAUCGAGCAUGUUAAUCCAGUGGCCUAUUGAUCAGAGAUCUGAUUUGUGCUAGGUCUUAAAUUAAACGAGUAUUUCAAGUUAAAACCGAGACAACAAUUUGUCCCCGCGGAACCCAAGAGCAAAAUAUCACCUGAAGCAUGGGGAGUGAGGUCAUAGUGGAGCUCCAAAGAAACUCAAUCAACUGGGCCAACGUUGUGGGAGAGAUUGUGAAGAUAGAAAGAAAGAUCUUUCCGAAACAUGAAUCACUUGCUAGAUCAUUUGAUGAAGAGCUUAGAAAGAAGAAUUCAGGGCUUCUAUAUACUGAACUAAAUGGAGAAGUUGCUGGCUAUGCCAUGUAUUCCUGGCCCUCUUCUUUGUGUGCUUCUAUCACAAAACUUGCAGUGAAGGAGAACUAUAGAAGGCAAGGCCAUGGAGAGGCAUUGCUUAAAGCAGCAAUUGAGAAAUGCAAAAAGAGAAAGGUUCAACGUAUAUCACUACACGUUGAUCCCCUGAGGAGUGCAGCUAUGACUCUAUACAAGAAACUUGGUUUUCAAGUUGAUAGUUUGGUAGAAGGUUAUUACUCUUCAGACAGAAAUGCUUAUAGAAUGUACUUGGAUUCUGAAUCUGACUAGUUUGUAUUACAGCUUGAAAUUGACACCAAUAUCACUAUAUCAGUAAUUUCUCCUUCCAGUACAAGUAGGAGAGGUCGAGCAUGUUGUAGCCCAAUGAAUAAUAGGGUUUCAGUUUUCCUGCUCUUU